AUGCCCGUCAGACCUUUAAGAAGAGACCAAGAGGAAGAAUGGCGCCCAACAUCCAACGCUGAGGACAAAUCCUACCAGCUUCGUGCCCCAUCGCCAUCCUCAGCAUUAGACUACCCAGCCCAGCGUCUGCACUGGCACAAGAACCUCAACCCGACAAGCGUACACCGCCAGACGCAUCCGCGCAACUACACCCGUCUCCUCAAGUUCCUGAUCCUGCUCUACGUCCACCAGGACGGGUGGAACGGCGUCCACCCCUUUGAUCUGGCGGGUGCUGGACAAGCCCCCGGAUGCCAUAUUCGGCUCUCAUCUCCCUUAAUCCGACCACGGGUCUCGCACGUUCUCCCGGCGCUGUUCCUGGAGACUGCGGAUUUCAAUGUGAUUUCCAUGACACGGUCUGGGACGGUCGUGUUCGCGAACGGGGCUGGAUACACUUGGUUCGUGAUUGACCAGACAGGAUUGGAGACUGGUCGGAUGGCGCUGGUGGAGUACGCUUCUAAUGGCGAUAUCAAGGCAUCUACCCUUCGUCGGCCAUGGAAUAUGGAGCAGGUGAUGUCCUUCGGGCAGAUUCUAGGUCGUAGUGUGUCUGAGCUCGCUCAGUCGGGUAUUGGUGGUCAUGAGGGUUACAAUCAACCUUUGGAUAUGGACCUGCCCAUUCUUGAUAUUUUGGAAGCAGCCAGACAACGAGGUGAGUUUCUUUGUGAGGGGUAUGGGAGUCGUGAGGUGUGGUCUGGUAUUAUUGAGCAGAGUGCACCGGGGUAUUUAGAGUUGGAGGCUCGAGGCCAAGAGGUGGAUUUUGAUCUGGCGAGUCUGCUGCCGAUUGACUGA